AUGAUAAAACUCAACACAUCUCCGAAGCGUACCAAGCCAGCCUCUCGAAGCGAGGAAUCUGAAGUAUCAAUUUCUGGGUCGGGUGACGGUGGCGGCUCCCACUCCGUCUGCGUCAUGCGGCCUCGUGUCUCUGAGAGCUAUUUGCAGUUGAUAACGCAAAGGACUGCAACAUUCUCCGCUUUGACUUUAGCAGAGCCUGUGAUUCACCGCCUCAUUAGAGACUCAUCAAAAUUAAAGGCACAUCGUAUUAGGAAUUGGAUUAAGACUUGGUUAUUUCAAAGAAGGUCCGGGUGGGAACAGUUAAGCAUUAACAGUAUGACAGGACGAUGCCUCUCAUGUCCUCCUGUACUUGUCGGGCUCGAUUUAGACAUACAUAAUCACUCGACCUCCAGUUCUGUUCUUACUCGACCUCCAAUUCUACCCUCACUCAAUCUACAGUUCUACCCUUACUCGACCUCCAGUUCUACCCCUCACUCGACCUCCAGUUCUACCCUCACUCGACCUUUAGUUCUACCCUCACUCGACCUACAGUUCAUCUCCUCACUCGACCUCCAGUUCUACCCCUCAGUCGACCUCCAGUUUUACCCCUCACUCGACCUUCAGUUCUACCCUCACUCGACCUCCAGUUGUACCCCCUCACUCGACCUCCAGUUGUACCCCCUCACUCGACCUCCAGUUCCACCCUCACUCGACUUCCAGUUCUCCCCCUCACUCGACCUCAAGUUCUACCCUCACUCGACCUCCAGUUCUACCCCUCACUCGACCUCCAGUUCUACCCCUCACUCGACCUCCAGUUCUACCCUGACUCGACCUCCAGUUCUUCCCCCUCACUUGAACUCCAGUUCCACCCUCACUCGACCUCCAGUUCUACCCCUCACUCGACAUCCAGUUCUACUCUCACUCGACCUCCAGUUCUACCCUCACUCGACCUCCAGUUCUACCCUUAAUCGACCUCCAGUUCUACCCUCACUCGACCUCCAGUUCUACCCUUACUCGACCUCCAGUUCUACACCUCACUCGAACUCGAGUUCUACUCCAACUGGACCUACAGUUCUAGCCCCUUCAAUCUUCAGUUCUACCCUCACUGGACCUCCAUUUCUACCCUCACUCGACCUCCAGUUCUACCCUCACUCGACCUCCAGUUCUACCCCUCAGUGGACUUCCAGUUUUCUGUGGACUUCUUCUACUCGACUUCCAGUUCUACCCUCACUGGACCUCCAUUUCUACCCCCUCUCGACCUCCAGCUCUACCCUCACUCGAACUCUCGCUCUAUCCCUCACUCGUCUUCCAGUUCUGUUCUUACUCGACCUCCAGUUCUACCCUCACUCCACCUCCAGUUCUACCCUCACUCGAUCUCCAGUUCUACUCUCACUCAACCUCCAGUUUAACCCUCUCUCGAACUCCAGUUCUACCCCUCACUCGACCUCCAGUUCUAUCCUCACUCAACCUCCAGUUCUACCGUUACUCGACCUUCAGUUCUACCCUAAAUUGACCUCCAAUCUACCCUCACUCGACCUCCAGUUCUACCCUUCAGUCGAGCUCCAGUUCUACCUCUCACUCGACCUCCAGUUCUACCCUCAAUCGAUCUCCAGUUCUACCCAUACUCGAGCUCCAAUUCUAUCCUCUCUCGACCUCCAGUUCUACCCUCACUCGACCUCUAGUUCUACCCUUACUCAACCUCCAGUUCUACCCUCACUCGACCUCCAGUUCUACCCUCACUCGACCUCCAGUUCUACCCAUCACUCAACUUCCAGUUCAACCCUCACUCAACCUCCAGUUCUACCCGUAACUCAACCUCCAGUUCUACCCUCACUCAACCUCCAGUUCUACCCAUCACUCAACCUCCAGUUUUACCUUCACUCGACCUCCAGUUCUACCCUCAAUCGACCUCCAGUUCUACUCUUACUCGACCUCCAGUUCUACCCUCACUCGAUCUCCAGUUCUACCUUCACUCGACCACCAAUUCUACUCUUACUGGACCUCCAGUUCUACCCUAACUCGACCUUCAGUUCUACCCUCAUUCGACCUCCAAUUCUAUCCCUCAGGCGACCACCAGUUCUACCCUCACUCGACCUCCAAUUCUACCCUCACUCGACCUCCAAUUCUACCCUCACUAGACCGCCGCAUUUCAAUUUUCUCCUGCACCCUCUUGAAUCUCUGAAUCUUUCAACUAAGAUACAGAACGUGCGCGGGGAAGUAUUGUUUAGGAAGUCUUGUGCUCCCCAUCCUUCAUAA